CCAUCGGCUGCUCUAGGGGAGGUUGAGGGUGAGGGUGAGUGUGUGCGUGCGUGUGCGCGUGCGCGCGGGGUCGUGCCGCGCGUGUGCCCGGGAGGAUGGCAGCGUCCGGCGCGGAAAAAAGCAAUAAGAAGAAAACCGAGAAGAAGCUCGCGGCCCGGGAGGAGGCCAAGCUGCUGGCGAGCUUCAUGGGCGUCAUGAAUAACAUGCGGAAGCAGAUCAGAGAACAUAAAGGUGGAUCCCCGAGAAGGCCUGGGGCGCCCGGGGGGAGAACAGAUGAAUACACAGAACCAUUCCAGGCUGGGGAUGAGCACAGGAGCCCAAAGGGACAGAAGCAGGAAGGGAGGGGGAAAACUCUGUGUGAUGUGAUUCUUAUGGUCCAGGAGAGAAAAAUCCCAGCUCACCGGGUUGUUCUUGCUGCAGCCAGUCAUUUUUUUAACUUAAUGUUUACAACCAACAUGCUGGAAUCAAAGUCUUUUGAAGUCGAGCUCAAAGAUGCUGAGCCAGACAUCAUUGAGCAGCUGGUGGAGUUUGCUUACACUGCCCGGAUCUCUGUGAACAGUAAUAAUGUUCAGUCUCUGUUGGAUGCUGCCAACCAGUAUCAGAUUGAGCCUGUGAAGAAGAUGUGUGUGGAUUUUUUAAAAGAACAGGUUGAUGCUUCCAACUGUCUUGGUAUAAGUGUUCUAGCUGAGUGCCUUGACUGCCCUGAACUGAAGGCCACAGCGGAUGACUUCAUUCAUCAGCAUUUCACUGAAGUUUACAAAACGGACGAAUUCCUACAACUUGACGUUAAACGUGUAACUCACCUCCUGAACCAGGACACGCUGACUGUGAGAGCAGAGGAUCAGGUAUAUGAUGCUGCAGUCAGGUGGCUGAAAUACGAUGAACCUAACCGGCAGUCGUUCAUGGUUGACAUUCUUGCUAAAGUCAGAUUUCCUCUCAUAUCAAAGAAUUUCUUAAGUAAAACAGUACAAGCUGAACCACUCAUUCAGGAUAAUCCCGAGUGCCUUAAAAUGGUGAUAAGUGGAAUGAGAUACCAUCUCCUUUCCCCAGAGGAUAGAGAAGAAUUGGUAGAAGGCACACGGCCUCGAAGGAAAAAACAUGAGUAUCGGAUUGCCCUGUUUGGAGGAUCCCAGCCCCAGUCCUGUAGAUAUUUCAAUCCAAAGGAUUAUAGCUGGACAGACAUCCGUUGCCCCUUUGAGAAGCGCAGAGACGCAGCCUGUGUCUUCUGGGACAACGUCGUUUACAUUCUGGGAGGUUCGCAGCUCUUCCCUAUAAAGAGGAUGGACUGCUAUAAUGUGGUCAAGGACAGCUGGUAUUCCAAACUGGGGCCUCCAGCACCUCGAGAUAGCCUGGCAGCCUGUGCUGCGGAAGGCAAAAUUUAUACAUCUGGAGGCUCUGAAGUGGGAAAUUCUGCUUUAUACUUGUUUGAAUGCUAUGAUACCAGGACAGAAAGCUGGCACACAAAGCCAAGCAUGCUGACUCAGCGCUGCAGCCAUGGGAUGGUGGAAGCCAAUGGCCUCAUCUAUGUUUGUGGUGGAAGUUUAGGGAACAACGUUUCUGGAAGAGUCCUGAAUUCCUGCGAAGUUUAUGAUCCUGCCACAGAGACGUGGACUGAGCUGUGUCCGAUGAUCGAGGCCAGGAAGAACCACGGGCUGGUGUUUGUCAGAGACAAGAUAUUUGCUGUGGGCGGCCAGAACAGCUUAGGUGGUCUGGACAACGUGGAAUAUUAUGACAUUAAGCUGAAUGAGUGGAAGAUGGUGUCACCCAUGCCGUGGAAGGGCGUCACCGUGAAAUGUGCGGCAGUAGGUGCCGUCGUGUAUGUCUUGGCCGGUUUCCAGGGUGUGGGUCGUUUGGGACACAUCCUCGAAUAUAAUACUGAAACAGACAAGUGGGUCGCCAACUCCAAAGUCCGGGCCUUUCCAGUAACGAGCUGUUUAAUUUGUGUUGUGGAUACCUGUGGAGCAAACGAAGAAACCCUUGAAACAUGAAGCAUUCCCACGAGAUAUUUUCCGCAUCUGAAAACAAUGGUCCCCUGGGCUUCCUUCUGACAUUUUGGUUACCUUUUUUUUAAACUAAACUUUGUAAUUGAAGUAAAAUCCCUAUAAAAUGCU